AUGAAGCGAAAUUGGUGGAGAAGUUCAGGGAGGACGAAGCUCACAAGUUUGAUGACGCUGUCCAUAUUCAUCGUAUUGGCAGAUCCCAUCGCUGUGUUGCGCCUGUCCCUCAGCUUUUCCUACCGUCAUCAUCAAGUCGUGGGCGAGAAGGUCUCUUCGAACGAAGAUGUUCAGGAAGAAGGUGUGCAGGAUGUAAAGUGGUAUUGGACCAAGCAUACUAUCAUACGGGCAACGUCGAAUGCAGUGCGCAAUGUAAUGCUACGAGAUUUGGUGAGAAGCUUGGAGAUAGAUGGCAGUAUUUGCCAAAGCAGAGUGCUCUUAUGA